GGAUUUUCCACAUCUCUCUCUGUUCCUUCCUUCCUGUUUAGUGCUAGUCUGUAGUCUCUGGUCAUCCGCUGUAGUAUGUCCACAGUCUUUGAUCAUCUCCUGUACUAUGUCCGCAGUCUCUGGUCAUCCGCUGUAGUAUGUCCACAGUCUUUGAUCAUCUCCUGUACUAUGUCCGCAGUCUCUGGUCAUCUCUUGUACUAUGUCUGCAGUCUCUGGUCAUCUCCUGUACUGUGUCCGCAGUCUUUGAUCAUCUCCUAUACUAUGUCCGUAGUCUCUGGGCAUCUCCUGUACUAUGUCUGCAGUCUCUGGUCAUCUCCUGUACUAUGUCUGCAGUCUUUGAUCAUCUCCUGUACUAUGUCCGCAGUCUCUGGUCAUCUCCUGUACUAUGUCCGCAGUCUUUGAUCAUCUCCUGUACUAUGUCUGCAGUCUUUGAUCAUCUCCUGUACUAUGUCCAUAGUCUCUGGGCAUCUCCUGUACUAUGUCCAUAGUCUCUGGUCAUCUCCUGUACUAUGUCUGCAGUCUCUGGUCAUCUCCUGUACUAUGUGCGCAGUCUCUGGUCAUCCCCUGUACUGUGUCCGCAGUCUCUGGUCAUUUCCUGUACUGUGUCCGCAGUCUCUGGUCAUCUCCU